AAUAUUACGGAGUGUAAAGAAAAGGUAAAAUUACAAUGGCAAAGCGAACUGUCGACGUGGGAACUCUAACACUCAACAAUGAAUUACAGCGGAUCAAGGAAACGUACAAAAAAUGCGAACUCCUGCACGUCAUACAACAUGUAGAUAUAUACGGCAGAAUUAGAUCAAGCUACACGGAAAAUACGACGAAAGCCGUAAACGACUCGCCUAUAACAGUCACCUCGGUUUCUUGUUCUUCUCCAAGAUGUACAGCACGCUUCACCAAGCCAGGAUUGGAAGAGAAACUAAGCAAAUUCUCGAUGACUACGAAACUGUCGGGACUGUAUCCCGGCAACGACAUACUGUCGAAGAGGAUCCAAACAGGGAAACUUAAACAAAUGACUACAAAGAACAAUGUUGUAUUUGGAUCUGUGUUAUCAAGGUGAUUUGUUAUUUUGCCGUCCUUAAGUUCUAAUUCUGUUAUUCAAAGUCGACUCUUAUGCCCGUUUUCACUAAACCUUGCCUUAAUCGGACGCCUAGUAUUUCGAUGAUUCCUAGUUAACGAUUUUGAUGUUUCACGAUUACUUAUGCGAUGACUAACGCCGUUAGGCGCCAACUAGAGUUCACCGAUUGACAGAUCGUCAAGUUCUUCUUCUUCUUUUGCUUUUUUUGGCUGUUAGGUGUGCCAAAUCGGCAUGUUGUAUUUUACCAAUGCGUGACAUUGGCGAAAUACUUGGAAGAUCCACUUGGUGAUUGUC